AUGGCGACGGGCGAGGGUCAUGGGGUGUAAACUCUCCUGAACCUCCGAGCUCCAGAGCCCCGCGGCUGCCACAGCGCGCCCGGCCCCGCACUCGCCGCCCGCCCCCCGGCGACGGCGCGGCCUAUGCGGUUGGGGGCGGAGGCGGGGAGCGGGUGGCGGGCUCGGCUUCUCCGCGGCCGGGGCGGGCAGAGGGCGGCAGCGGGCCCGGCGCGGUGCGGUGAUUGGUCGGCGGCUGGCUGCGGCUGAGAGCCCCGCGCGGCCGGGCGCGGAGCGCAGGCGGAGCCCGGGUGCCGAGUCGGGAAGAUGCUGCUGUCCCUGGUGCUCCACACGUACUCGAUGCGCUACCUGCUGCCGGGCGUCGUGCUCCUGGGCACGGCGCCCACCUACGUGCUGGCCUGGGGGGUCUGGCGGCUGUUGUCCGCCUUGCUGCCCUCCCGCUUCUACCAGGCGGUGGACGACCGGCUCUACUGCAUCUACCAGAGCAUGGUGCUCUUCUUCUUCGAGAACUACACCGGCGUGCAGAUAUUGCUAUAUGGAGAUUUGCCAAAAAAUAAAGAAAAUAUAAUUUAUAUAGCAAAUCAUCAAAGCGCAGUUGACUGGAUUGUUGCUGAUAUUUUGGCCAUCAGGCAGAAUGCUCUUGGACAUGUGCGCUAUGUGCUGAAAGAUGGAUUAAAAUGGCUUCCCUUGUAUGGGUGUUAUUUCUCUCAGCAUGGAGGAAUCUAUGUAAAGCGAAGUGCUAAAUUUAAUGAAAAAGAAAUGAGAAAAAAGCUUCAGAGCUAUGUGAACGCAGGAACUCCGAUGUAUCUUGUGAUUUUUCCAGAGGGAACAAGGUAUAAUCCAGGACAAACAAAUAGACUUUCAGCUAGUCAGGCAUUUGCUGCUCAACAAGGUCUUACAGUAUUAGAACAUGUGCUGACACCAAGAGUAAAGGCAACUCAUGUUGCUUUUGAUUCUAUGAAGAAUUAUUUAGAUGCAGUUUAUGAUGUUACAGUGGUUUAUGAAGGGAAAGAUGAUAAAGGGCAGCGAAAAGAAUCUCUGUCCAUGACUGAAUUUCUCUGCAAAGAAUGUCCAAAAAUUCAUAUUCACAUUGAUCGUAUAGACAAAAAAGACGUCCCAGAAGAACAGCAGUCCAUGAGAAGGUGGCUUCAUGAACGCUUUGAGAUAAAAGAUAAGUUGCUUAUAGAAUUCUAUGAUUCACCUGAUCCAGAAAGAAGAAACAAAUUUCCUGGGAAAAGUGUUAAUUCCAAACUAAGUCUCAAGAAGACUUUACCAUCAGUUUUGGUCUUAAGUGGUUUGACUGCUGGCAUGCUUAUGACCGAGGCUGGAAGGAGGCUGUAUGUAAACACGUGGAUUUAUGGAACCUUACUUGGCUGCCUGUGGGUCACUAUUAAACCAUAAAGAGGUAGCUGUCUCCAGUCAGUGGGAUGUGCUACACUGUCUGUUAAUGAUGGCUGUACAUUGACAGCUGCACAUUACAUCAAACUGUUUCCUGAAUUUAAUAAGAAGUGUAAAUAAAGCCUUGUUGAUUGAACAUUGGGUAAAACAGAAUUUGUGACUAAAGCCGCUAUGCAGUUGGUCUUGGGCAAACAUACGUGGUUUUACUUUAGUUCUGGAGCUUCUGGACAGGUCAAAACCAAUGGAGUGUAGACAGUUCUUUACAUUUCCCAUGAACUAAUGUCAACUUGAGGAGAUUAUUAGGAUUGCAUAAUUUGCUAUUGUUUUGUAAUUCAGGUGGCUGUAUUUUUGAACAUUAAUUUACAGCAUAUUUCACUGUAUUUGUUAUUUUCAAUUUAUUGCAACUUGACAGCUCCAGUAAAGUAUUUAGCAUCUUGCAGCUAUGCAGUAUUCUGCUUUUUGCUUAAUUUCUGCAAGUCAAUGAAAGAGAUUGUACUUAUAUAUUGAGAUGUUCAAGGAAAAGGGCAAGAAAUGUCCUUGGGGAAGAAGCUCUGUUUAGCACGUUUUUAUUAUAUUACAUUAUUAGCUGAUUUUACUUACUUUAUAUUUGCAAAAUAAUUAACAUUUCUAAUAUUUAUUGAAAUUGCUUAAUUUGCACAACCUGUCCUCUACACAAAAGAUUAAUGUAUGAAAUAUGAGAAUGAAAUUUAAGUUAAAAUUAUAACUGAUUCAUUGUAGCAGAACUUUAAAUUGCCCAGCUUUUCAAAGAUUUAAGCUAUGCUAUUAGUACUUCCUCAUCAUAAGUGCUUGAAAACAUUAAGGUUUCCUGUUACUUUUAAUGUCAGAACAAUCGUUGUGAAUGUUCGUUGGAUCCUGAGUCCACAGAUAAUUUGAGGUGAGGGGAACCUGCAAACAUUCCGAUGAAAUUUAUUAGCAUGUGCCUUUUUCCUGUUUCUCUUUGAUUUAGCAAUAUAUUUGGUACAAAAAUCAUUUUUAUGUUAUCAUGGUGGAUUUCCACUGCAUUCUAGUCCUCUUCCUUUGGAUUCCCAUCAGUGGUGCUGCUCAGUGGCUUGCCCAUAGACUUGCAGUGUGAAGAGAUGCAGAACCAUCCAGUGUUGCCGUUUCAAUGUUGAACUCUACGCUCUUGUGAGUGAGCUUCACCGGCUACUGCAGAGGGCACUUUGCAUUUGUCUCGUGUCAAAUUCUCCUUUCUCAAGCCAGUGAAAUACAGACUUAAUUCAUCAGGAUGGAGUGAAUUUAUUUCCCAUUAGGUUUAGUGGAGCUACACAGUUAAUAUGUAUUGCCUCAGAACAAGAGCUGUGUUUCAGGAACUGAAUCACACUAUUUUCAGACAUGGAACAAUACAUCCCGUGGAAGAAAACCGUUUUUAAGUGUGAUCCUCUCUCUUUUUAUGUUAUCAUGUAAACUUGAUUGCCCACUAGUCCUCUAAGAUAACAUUUUUGCUUACUGCUAAUGGAUUUUUGUUGCAAAAUUAUAUCAGUGGCCCAGAUGAAACACAAAUUGAAUCAUGAUAAACGGAAUGAAAAAAUAAUUAAGGGAAAUUUUCUCUAUGUCACACUGCUUCUCCAAAACUGGACAACAAACCAUUUCAAGCAAUGCCUUUGAAGAGUCAUGUGGUAUGAAUUGGUUUGUAUAUGAAUAUGUAUAUGUUUGUACACACUCAUAUACACACGUUCCCAUGGGGUAGAGUGGCCUAAUUAUGAAUGGGGGCAUAGGUAAAACUUGUGAAAAGAGUUCUUAUGCCAAAAUGAAAUUUUCUCUUACCUGUAAAGUGAAAUUUACAUCAAUCCUGUGUCUUUGUUAUUUUUUUUUUAACUGUGCUAAAUUUAGAACUUAUUUUUAACUAGAUCAGAAUAAAUGUAAGUUGUGGAACUUACUUUGAAUAUCAUGGAUAUAUUUAAAUUUAAAUUUUGAAAGGCAGUAUCAUUGGAAUUAUGUGGAUUAUAACACAUUUUAACAAGGUUAAGUGACCUGCAUAAGAUCACUUGAUUGUUGUAUUUCUUAGGACUAUACGUACAUUCUUCUCAUAAAAGGUUUAUAAAAUUGAAAAGUUGAAAAAAUUUCAUAGCAAAAUGUUUGGAAAAUUAGAAGCUUCUCCUUAACAUGUAUUGAU